AUGAAGAAGAAGAAGUUACGGCAGAUCGACGUCGCGAAUGCCUUCCUCUACGCACCUGUGGAUGCAGAAAUCUACGUCGAGCUCCCGCACGGUUCCCACGGCGAACCCAACCGAAUCUGUCAACUACUUAAGUCGCUCUACGGGAUCAAGCAGGCACCGCGACUGUGGCAGCAGUACCUGCACGCCCGUCUCAUCCGCAUCGGCUUUAAUCAACUACCUCACGACCAAGGCAUGUACCGCCUCACUAAGGGAAGCGACUACGUUCUCCUGAUCGUCUACGUGGACGAUCUCCUCUACAUUGGGUCAACCAACGGCAUCGCCACGUGGUUCGAAGGAGAGCUCCAGAAAGACCUCACGCUCACGGUCUCCUCCACUGUUACACAGUACCUCGGGCUCAACAUCCGCGAAGAAGAAAACGCCAUCUAUCUAAGCGCCGAGAAAUACGCCGACACCAUCGCGAAACGCUUCAGCCUCACACCAAGCGCCAUCUCCACGCCUUACCGCUACACAUCAGGAACCGAGAAGGAACGAACUACUCUACUCAAGCCCGCCGGCAUACGCGACUAUCAGAAGAAGCUCGGAUGCCUGCUAUUCGCCGCCGUCACCUGCCGUCCUGACUUAUCCUACUCCGCAAGUCAGCUCGCCACCUAUCUCAAGAAGCAUGAAGCUGAACACCUGGCGGAACUUGAUCGCGCUCUCCACUACUUCGUCAGCACCGCGACGAUCGGGCUAACCUACCACAAGAGCGCAGCUACACCGACUAAGCUAAUCGGCUACGUCGACGCCGAUCACGCCGGCGACACCGACAACAGGCGCUCACGCACCGGCUAUGUCUACCGCCUUGAGCCUAUCGGUCCUAUCUCCUGGCAGUCGAGCAAGCAGGAGUUAAUCGCACUAUCUUCAGCAGAAGCAGAAUAUAUUGCACUCUGCUCAGCCACCAAGGAGGGACUUUACCUUCGCGAACUACUGGAAGAAGCGAAGCUAGCCGAGUUACCCAGCUUCACCGUGUUCUGCGACAACCAUGCCAGCAAGGGGAAGAGGGACGACGGGAAAGGGAUAGAUAAGGUGGGAGGGGAGUGGGGGGAGGAGAGGAAUGUGGGGAUGGGCUGA